AAAGCCCUAAAGUCCAUAAAGCUAUACUUCCAAAACAACAGAAGGACUAACUAGCUGCAGCCCUUUUUCUUCCUCAACAUGGAGGGCCUGAGCUUCUUUGUUGGAGUGAUAGGGAACAUCAUUUCGGUGACUGUGGUUCUCUCUCCCAUAAAAACGUUCUUGCGAAUAGUAAAGCAUAGAUCAACCGAGGAUUUUGAGAGCUUUCCAUAUGUAAUUGCAUUAUUGGGCACAUCCUUGUGGUGUUACUAUGGAGUCAUAAAGCCAGGGGGCUUCAUCCUAGCGACUACUAAUGGUCUCGGUAUCAUCAUCGAGCUUGUUUAUGUUACAUUAUUCAUCAUUUAUGCACCUCUAAGAGUAAGGGCCAAGACUGCCAUAUAUCUUGGGAUUUUGAAUGUAGCAGUUCCAGCAAUAGUAAUUCUCAUUACUCUUUUCACAAUGCAUGGAGACUUGCGCAUCGAUGUGCUAGGGUUUGUGUGUGCAGGCCUUAGUAUAGUCAUGUACGGUUCGCCUCUUGUUGUUGUGAAAAGGGUGUUGACUACAAAGAGUGUGGAGUAUAUGCCUUUCCUUCUAUCAUUUUUCUUUUUCUUAAAUGGAGGGAUUUGGACUGUCUACGCCAUCCUUGUGAAAGACUUCUUCCUUGGUGUACCAAAUGGGAUUGGAUUUCUUCUUGGAACAGCUCAGAUGGUGCUCUAUGCCAUGUACUGGAAAUCUAAGCCAUCCCAAAAUAUUUCAGAGGAGUUGGAGGAUGGAUGGCAACACAAGCAUCUCAUACCCGAAAACAGUUCCGAAGACUAGAUGUUUAACAUUCAUGGAAGAAAGAAAAGAAAAGAACUGUGCAAACAUGGAGGCUCAAGAAUAUUGAAAGAAUGUCAUAAAGAAUUGAAGGUCUUUCAAUUGUAAGGGCUCCAAGAUCCGGGAUCGAUCUCUUAUUUGUCACAAAGGCUACUUCAUUCACAUUUGAAAAUCGAUGCUUACAUCCACUGAAGUCUGUUGGAGUUAAGAGUAGUGCAGGUCUGAAAUGUAUGUUGCUCUCCAUUAGGUCACGAACCAAAUCCUCAAGUUAUGUUUGGUUACGGGAAAAUAUAAGAGAAAA